UGUCCGGAGACCAGCAGCGACGUCACCAGCUUCUACUACGGCUUCUCGUGCGUCUGUCAUCCCAUUGUUACAAUGAAGAGCUUGGUACUGGUGCUGACCUUAGCUGCCUGUGUGAGUGGUGAGGACGCACACAGCCGCAGGUCCCCGGACUCCAGCGCCUCGACUUUUGGCUCUGGUGAUAAAUCCGCCUACUCGUACUCCGAGCCUCCUCUACGGCCCUCAGUCUCGUUCUCGGAUGCUUCUCUUCGGCCCUCCUAUCCCGAGUCUCCUGCUGCUGCUGCUGCUGCCCCACGACCUGCCUCUGCUCCUGCUUCCUCGUACGGUGGUCCUCAGCCUGCCACGUCACAGCCUUCUGCCUCCCUCGACCAGCAAGGAUAUUAUUACUACUACUAUCCGGUGCAGGAGGAAGACAAGAAGGGCGUUUUUGACUUCCAGGAAGACAGCGACCUCUUGCUCUUCGUGACCGUGGGCGUGGUGGUCGUCGGAGCCCUGCUGGUGGCUGUCUCGUACUUCGAUACCACGUAUGCACGCACGCUCGACCCCAUCCGCGUCUCGUACGACGACAUGUACGACGUGGCCAAGAAGGUGUUCCGAGCUCUCAACAAGAAGUACUGAGGCAGCCGUGCUCUUGUACCGGACACCUCACGCAACACGCACACAAAACAUGCUCAUACACACAUACAUACACUCACUCGUAAUAACAUUAUAUCUAUAUAAUUUAUAAACUUGAUAGUCACCAGCCAAAAUAAAGUAAUAAAUUAAAGUAACCUACAACUGA